AUGUUCAAAUCUCUGGGUCUACUACAGACCUCAAGAUGUCCCGACGAGCCGUGUCUCCGGCCAUACUGCUUCUUUGCGCAUACGCAAGCUACGGCGGCGGCGGGACCUUCUCGACUUCCGGUCGGCGUUACUGGCAAGGGAGAGCCUGCUCUCAAGAAGAGGAAAGUGGAUGAUAAGAGCUCUGUCAAGCCACUCGAAGUGGAAAUCAAAUCUGGUGUCAGCAGGCUGAAGGGGGCGGAAGGGGUCCCCAAGGCUGCGACACCAGCUCGGGUGAGCGGGACGGAGGGAAUUAAGAGCCCAGCGAAAGCGAGGGUGACAGGGGAUGGCGUUGCUCCGUCGACUUCAGGAGCUCGGGUGUCAACUUCUACAAGGCCUGGAGAUAUGAAAAUGUCCAAGCAGCCAUAUGCGGACCGACAGAAAGCUUUACAAACCCUAUUCACCCAAUACACCAAGCUCUACACCGGCAUCUCCACUCUGGAUCCGGAUCUCGCUUCACGCUGCUCAAUCGCUGAGGAGCUCGACAUUUCCGCUUCCUCGACCGACCUCUCAGCAUAUAAGCGAGCCAUCCACCACGCCGCCGUAUCCGUCUCCCGCCGUGCCCCUCCAGACGCCCUCGCGCAUCCGUCCGUCGGUACCGUUCGUGUCUCACGCGAGGCCACGCUGAAGGUCGAGAAAGAGGCAGCGUCCCGGCUCACGUUCGAGCGGUGCAAGCGGUACCUCCUUCCUGUCUCCGCUUUUCCCACCUGGCGGUACCCCGAGCCUAACGAUCCUGCCCUAAUACAAGGCGAUACCGAGCCCGACGGACUCGGCAGUACUCAAAAGUGCGACCGAUGCGGGGUGGACUUUGUGGUCUCGUCGGCGAACCUGAAGGAGAGGAUGGGGGAAUGCGUCUACCAUUUCGGCAGGCUGUUGCCGGAGAAGAGAGACGGGAAGAAGAUGUGGCUAUACUCGUGCUGUCAGAAAGAAAGGGGGGCAGUGGGGUGUUACAAGGGGGUACAUAUCUUCAAUGAGAGGGAAGACGAUGUGAAGCUUGCAAGUCGGGUGGGGUUCAAGCUGGUCAAGGAUCAGGUGGAGGAGAAUAGGGCGUCCGGGAGGGUAGAGGCUUUUGCGGAGGUAGUGGGGAUGGACUGCGAGAUGAUCUAUACCACGGCAGGAUAUUCGCUAGCGCGGGCAACGAUAGUCGACGAGAAGGGCGAAACGAUCUUUGACGAGCUAGUCCGGCAGACUGCAACCAUCUUAGAUCUCAAUACUCGCUUUUCCGGUAUCACUCAGGACAACCUCGAUGGGGCUGUGAUGGACAUCAAGGCGGUCCGCGCUGCCGCUUGCAUGUUCAUCGGACCGGAAACCAUCAUUGUCGGACAUGGACUGGAGAACGACCUGAGGGCAAUGCGGCUUCUGCACGACAAGGUAAUCGAUACAGCUGUUCUCAUCCCUCAUCAUAAGGGCGCACCAUUCCGUCGAGCACUCCGCGAUCUGGUCAAGGAAAAACUCGGCUACUUCAUCCAACAACAGGCCACUUCCACGGGUCACAGCUCUGCCGAAGACGCCAAGGCGACUCUGGAGGUUUUGAAGUGGAAGGUGCGGGAUGAUGCCGCACAUGAAUAG